AUGGCGACGCCUGACUUUGGUCGGCUACCCGAAUUCAGCGGCAGCUCCGGCUCCUGGAGAUCCUGGUAUGGGAGGCUACAGUUCUUCUUCGAGGCUAACGACAUUACGGACGCUUCCAAGAAACGUGCUCAUCUGCUAACGUUAUGCGGGGAACAGACUUACGACGUCGUCUGCGCCCUCGUUCAACCCAAGCAGCCCAACCAAGUGAGCUACGAUGACAUAGUCGAGAUGCUCAAGGCUCACUUCGAUCCACAGCCGUCUGAGGUCUUCUGCAGGGCACGCUUCCAACGUCGUGACCAACGGCAUGACGAAACGGUCAGUGAUUACGUAACAGCGCUCAAGAAGCUAGCAGCAGAUUGCAAUUUUGAAACAAGCGUAGACGCUGCGGCGAAUCCAACAAUGCUGCCGCUUGAUGUAAUGCUGCGUGAUCGUUUCGUUUGCGGUCUUCGGAACGGGCAGGUCCAGCAACGGCUGUUCGCAGAAAAGGACUUGACAUUCAAGAGAGCCUUUGACAUUGCACUGCGAGCUGAAAACGCCGUCGAAGAUCAGAAAAACGUGAAAACGGAAUUCAAAGAGAUUCACGAAGCCUGCACAAGUAUCCGCAAGACAGAAAAUCAACGUCCCUCUAGUGCCUCUGCCCAAAGGAAGAAACAACAAUGUUGGCGUUGUGACGCGCAGCAUAGUCCGGACACUUGCAAGUUUCAGACAGCUUCCUGCAACUACUGCAAGAAACGUGGACACAUUGAAAAGGCCUGCCUGAAAAAGCGGAAAGAGGCAAGAACAAACAAGAACAACAUCGAAUUUCCCCGACAAGGAACUUCGACAGUGGCCUCAGCACCAGUCACGACUCCAAAGGAUUCACCAGAACGUCUCGAUGAACCCUGGCCACCAGGCGACGUACUAUUGUUCGAAGCUUUGUCGAGACCUCCGUUCACUGCUACAGAGAUAGCACGUCUGACACAAGAAGACAGCAUCCUGCAGAGGUUGUACAAGGCAGUGCAGGAUGACACAGUGGAGAAACUCACUGGAGAUGAGUUCACUCCUUACCGACGACGAGCGACCGCACUAGCAUUUCAUCGCGAGUGCCUCACACUUGGAUCACGGGUGAUCAUACCGAGCUCAGCACGAUCCCACGUUCUGGCACUUCUGCACGCUGGUCGCCGAGGCAUGGUAGCCAUGAAGAAGUGCGCAAGGAGCUACGUAUGGUGGCCCGGAAUCGACAAGGUUAUCGAGGAAACGGUGCGACAGUGCCGUGAAUGCCUCUCAACGCAGAAGAGCCCACCCAAAGCUCCUAUUCCCUCCUGGGACCGUCCCAAGACACCAUGGCACACGGUGCACGUUGACUUCGCGGGGCCACUACUCGGGCGCACCUACUUGGUUGUUGUGGAUGCACACACAAAGUGGGUGGAAGUCCGGCACGUGACGCAAGCAACAUCCGCGGUUGUCAUCGAUGUGCUACGAAGCAUCUUUGCUACGUUUGGCAUUCCCCGAAAGGUCGUCUCCGACAACGGAAAAGCCUUUAUUUCGAACGAGAUAAGGCAGUUCUAUACUGCAAAUGCUUGUGGCUUGUUGGACGCCGAUCGCUCGGGGCAACGCGUCGCCUGGCUCGUUGACGUCCUCAACGGUAGCUGGCCCACGCCAUGUCACGGCCUUCUGCCGCAGCAGCAGCAGGAGGGUAGCGGUCGCUUCGAAGCUCCGCAACAGAGCCGCAGCUCUCAGCCGCCGCGUUCGUCCCAGCAGCACACGGGGUCAUGCCAGCCACCCGGAACGGCAGCAGUACUAGCGGCCCAAGCAAACUGGAACUCACAGCCACACGGGACGUCAGCCGGAACAGCGGAACCUCGCCUGGUCCCUGGGCCAGUCACCCAGCCGGAGUCCAGGACAGUACAGCGCCUGGAGGACGUCGCCUAG